AAAAUAUGGUCCUCAACAUAAAGCGAGCUUCUUCCCUGGAUGGAGCAACUAUAAAUGUGCAAGAUGUGCUAAAGCCGUUUGAUCAUCAGGUCGGCGGUCACACCCCGUUCACUUCCCUGCCAAAUGGACACUUGCUUAAACCUUGUGAGGAGCGGGAAAUCCUGUUCUACCAGAAAAUGCCAAAAAUCUUGAAAUCAAUUGCUCCGCUGUGCUGUAGCACAAUUCAAGGCAGCUCUGUGAGCACACUAGACGAUAGCUGCUCGAAUUGCCGACACCAUCAGUUGGAGAAUGUGGUAAUACCGGAAAGUAUCGAAGGAUCGCCUAUUUUGAAUAAGCGAAAACUUUCAAAAAAUUUCAUAGUCCUCUCGGACCUCACCUACCGUAUGAAAUCCCCUCGAAUCCUUGACCUGAAGCUCGGCACACGACAACACGGCGAUCAGGCUACCGUAUCCAAAAUUGCGUGUAUGACCGCAAAAUGUCAAGCUACCACGUCAGCGACGCUAGGAAUCCGGCUCUGCGGCAUGAAAAUUCCAUUUUUGGAGCAAAAUUCCCAGAAUUUUGCUCCAAAUUUUGCUCCGAAUUCGGCAGCUCCAAAUUUUGCUCCAAAAUCCGAAAUUUCAAUUAACAAAUAUAUGGGACGAUCUAUGGACAAAACUGAUCUAUUUCUGGCGGUCAAACAAUUUUUCGACGUGCCUGAAGCAGUUCUGGAGGAAGUUGAGCGAAGGUUGCUCGGAAUUCGAGAUGUGCUCUGUGGAGCCGAUGGGGUGCGGCUCUUCGGAGCAUCUUUGCUCAUUGUCAUUGAAUCUAAUUUUAGUGACUCACAACUCCCAAUCGAUAAUCUGGUACGCAUCAAAGUGGUGGAUUUCGCGAACGCCACAUUCGGGGGUCUUCAAGGCGACAGUUUCUAUGAUGGACGGGAUGAUGGAUCGAUUUUGGGUCUUGAGACGCUUUUGGAGAUUGUUAAGGGCAAAAAUUGAAUUGGGGAUUUUGGAUUUUUUGAGAAAAAAAAAUUUUUGGAAAAAAAAAAAUUUCGUAGAUUUUUUUGAAAAAUUUAAAUUUAAAAAAUUUGUUUUUCUUAAAAUUCACAAACCCUCAGUUUUUUUUCCGCAUUUUUGUAUUUUGCACCCAAUGAACCACCAUUUUCUCGUGUUUCUCAUUCUCCCGAAAAUCAAAUUUCCACAGCCUUUCUUAUGCUUCUUUGUCCUCCCGUAAUUCCUAAUGACGCAUAUCUCUACAUUUUAUAGAACAUUCCGCUGGGCACUUUUUUCUUAUUGUACUUUUCGCGUUUUAUGAAAUAAAUUUUUUUGGAUUUUAAA